AUGACCCCGAUCAUCUCAGACGUCGUUGUUCACUUGCGCACGGAUCGCUCCGUGACGCAGAUGAUGCUAGAGAACCCGUGCAAUGCUGACCCAUCCAACAUUGUCUGCGAGGACACAUUGACGAGCAAGACGGCCACCUACAGCAGUGUUCGAGCAGAUGCGUUUACAGCCGCCCAUGCUCUGCGGCACCGGCAUGGUUUGGUAGCUGGUGACGCUGUGACCAUAAUGGGCCGUAGCCAGGUCGACUAUAUUUUGGCCGCCCACGCUGUCUGGGCCGCCGGCUGCGUUGUGAGCACCGUCAACCACUCUUCGGCGCCCAAGGAGAUUGUACACGCCCUUAAAAUUAUCAAGCCGCGUCUGUUGAUUGUCGACGUGGCCGUGUUGGACAAGGUGCGGCGUGCACUUGCGGGACUUGACGGAUGCCCCGCGGUUAUGACCCUGGUCGAGCGCAUCCCAGACACGCCACUCUUCCCCGACGACCUGCUAGCGAACGAGCGCAUCGAUCCCUCAGCCUAUGUUCUCGACGGCCGCGACGCACGCACUGUCUGUGCAGCCGUCGUGCUGUCGAGCGGUACAACGGGCCUGCCCAAGGCGGUUAUGCUGUCGCAUCACAACCUGGUCUGCAUUUCCGAGAUGCUGCGGGCGCACAACCCCGACAACUGGCGGGGGAACCAACGAGAAGUUUUCUUUCCGCCACUCUCCCACAUCUACGGCCUGUAUGUGUGUGCCCUCAUGGCGCCGUGGCUCGGCUCAUACGUCUGCAUGGUGCCGUCAUUUGACGUCGAGACGUAUUGCCGGCUCAUGCACGAGAAGCGGGCAACCCUGGCGCGUCUGGUGCCACCGGUCGCUCUGGCCCUCGCAAAAUCGCCUGUUGUUCUGAACUAUGCGUACCCCGACCUCGAAUAUUUUUCGUGUUCAGCGGCGCCACUGUCCCCUGCCGUGGCCAACCUCCUGCGCCGGCAGUUCCCCGGCGUGAGCCUUUGUCAGACCUAUGGGUGCACCGAGCUAGCGUCCUGUGUCGCCCAGAGCGGCGUGCGUGACCGCCACAAAGCACCACUCAUUGCGGCGGGCACGCUGCUGGCAAAUAUGCACGUUCGCUUUGUCAACGAACAGGGGCAAGACGUGAUGCCACCCGUGCCGGGUGAGAUUUGCGUCUCGUCGCCGACAAUCAUGAUGGGCUACAAGGACGACCCAGCCGCGACGGCUGCGGCGAUGUUAGAGCCUGGGUGGUUUCGUACGGGUGAUGUCGGCUAUUUGGACGCCAACGGCUACUUGGUAAUUGUGGACCGGCUCAAGGACGUGAUAAAAUACAAGGGGUUCCAGGUCAGUCCCAGCGAGCUUGAAGAGGUGCUGUUCCAGAACCCUGCCAUUCGAGACGUUGGCGUGACAUCGGUGUGGGACGACGCCCUGGCCACGGAGCUGCCGUGCGCCUUUGUGGUGCCGCGUACGGGCAAGGGCACGGACGCUCUGGCCACGAGCAUUAAGAAUAUGGUGGCGAGAAAAGUGGCUGGUUACAAGAAGCUGACCGGUGGAGUGUAUUUUGUGGAUGAGCUACCGCGCAACCCGACGGGCAAGUUGCUGCGGCGGGAGCUGCGCAAGCUUGCGCAGACGAAGGCGCGGUUAUAG